AUGACGACCGAACACGAACAUCAGCGGGAAGAGGCGAGAAAUCCCUCACGUUUCGAUGAUGGUGAAGAAAUUCACCUCUAUUUGAAGAAAACACCAGUUUUGACAUUCUCCUCUGGUCCGGCGAUUGAAUCUUCAACCAGUAACUCUAAGGUGUCUGAAGAUCCGGCCAGUCUAGAGAAAAUGUAUACAGAAAGCGGCCACAAUCACAAACAAACAAACUGGUUCUCGAUCGACAAGAACUUUGGAAAAAGUGAGUUGGAAAAGGAACGGGUUAAGAAUUUCAAACUUGAAGGAUUCACAAGCGACACAGAACUUUUACUCUUGCCACAAAGCUCUCCCGCAAGUGGACGAGAUCAUAAAAUGUUUCUAAGAAGCUUAUCACAAAGUUCGGCGGCCGAAACGAACGAAUCUUCCCCCAGCCAAAAGCGACGACUUUCAGAUCCCACAGUCUCUGGAAAGAAAAACCCACACAAAAAUUUCGAAAGACAGGGAAGUUUGAAGAAGUUGCGUCCCAAACUGAAACGAAAGGCAGUGUCGCCCUUGCAUCUAUUUAGCAAAGCGGCCGCUUCCAAUACAAGCUCUAAACAUAUCAAUUCUAAUCCUGACGUGGUUCAAAACAAGAUGACUAAAGGUGAUCCAGGAAAGAAAGCUCGUUUGGCCAAAAGGCUGUAUCCUUCCUUCAGCAAAGCGUACGAACAUUUAGCCCUAAAGGAAAGACGAGGAUCGGAUCCAACUGGUGUGCCGAGCAAAGAAGAAGAGAUAAGUUCUGUAAAUGAAUACGAAACAAUAAUUAACGACUUCUCAAACCAGAUUCAAGACCUGGCUUUCAAUCUGGAAAACCUAACCACCUCAGAUGCUAUGACCAAUUUCGCAUUAUCCGGUCGUCACAUCAAGACAAAUCGACUCCGCGGGGACUCAGACGGCAAAGAGAAUAGCAAGGGUGACUUUUUCAAACCAGAUGAUUUUCACUUGCAGGGAAUUUUGGAGGGGGUCUUGAGGUCACAUCUGUUAACCAUGGAUGAUUACUCUCCGACAAGCUGCGAUCGAGCGAGUAGAAGUAUAAGUAAGAUAAUUACUCGACUUUGUGGUAGCAGCGAUGGCGAGAAGCAAACGAGCGGAGGCGGCCAGCGGAAAAUAGCUUGCCUCGUAUACAUUGGAGCUGUGAGAGAUGGUGGAAUACAAAUGGCAGCUCAAGCACUGUGGACCCCAGAUGAGGACACUUUUGCUGCAGCUAGUUUUAGAAAUGACUCACUCUAUGGAUUAGCGGUUGUUAUAACGACACCCAAUUUUUGA